AUGUCAGCAACUGGAACUGUUGCAUCAUCUACUAUAAACCUUAUAAAGACUAUUGUCGGCGCAGGCCUAUUAGCUAUUCCAUAUGCUUUCCGUUGUGAUGGGGUUUUUUUUGCUGUUAGUUUGAUACUGAUGGCUGCAUUCACAUCAGGGUACGGCUUAUUUAUCCUAGCAAAAUGCUCAAAGACAUUGUUAAAUCCACGUCACUCUUCUUUUUUCACUUUAUGUUCUAUUACAUAUCCUAAUCUGUCUUUGCUGUUUGAUUUUGCUAUGUUCAUACAAUGUUUUGGGGUUGCUCUUUCUUAUUUGAUCUUAAUUGGUGACUUAUUCCCAGCGUUAUUUGGCGGCACGAGGACAAACUGGAUAUUGUUGUCAGCAAUCAUUAUCGUUCCGUUAUCUUUAUUAAGACAUUUUGAUAGCUUGAAAUAUACUAGUGUUAUUGGUCUGUUGGCAUUGGGUUACAUUGGUUUAUUGAUUAUUGGAAGCUAUUCCUUCGGAAAUUACCCAAAACCCAAAGUUGAUUGGUUCUCUAUAUCGGAUAGAUCUGGAGUCUUGACGACAUUUAGUAUUAUUGUAUUUGCAUUUACUGGUUCAAUGAAUCUAUUUUCGAUAAUAAAUGAAUUGAAGGAAAAUUCAAUGACAAAUAUCAAAAAGAUCAUAAACAAUUCCAUCGUAGUAUCAUCCGCCUGUUUCAUAAUCUUGGGGCUGUUCGGAUAUUUGACUUUCGGAAAAGAAACUCUGGGAAAUGUCAUACUAAACUAUGAUGCUGAUAAGCUCUCUGUCAGAUUUGCUAGGUUCAAUCUUGGCCUGAUGGUUGUUUUGUCAUUUCCCUUGUUGUUCCAUCCUUGCCGUAUAUCGGCGAACAAUAUGGUCCAUUGGUUACAAUUGAACUAUGGAACAAAGUCUGAAAUAGAUGAAACGAUAGGGCCUAUUACCCUGGAAAUUGAGGAUGAUACUGAUAGAGAAUACCUCGAACAAGAGCUAGGCUCCUCCCAUGACACUUCAUUUGUCCACACGUACCAAUCACUACCGAGGGCAACCGACGAUGAUAAUGAUGAUCAGGUUGAUGAACGCACUGAAGCAGUCCCAUUCCCUGAUUCCAGAUUUUUGACUGUCACUUUCUUCUUACUUGCUGUACUAUACGUUCUAGCGCUAAACGUUGAGUCAUUCGCUUUAGUUCUUGCACUUGUUGGUGCAACUGGUUCUACAGCCAUUUCAUUCACGUUGCCAGGAUUAUUUGGGUGGAAGUUAAUUGGUACUGAAUCUUUGAUGAACGGUGAGAGAAUCGGAGGAUGGGAUAAAGCUCACAGAUAUGGAAGUCUGGCAUUAGUCUGGUACGGUCUUAUUAUUAUGGUAAGUUGUGUGUAUAUCACACUUUUUGUAUGA